AUCUCAUCUACCACCACUCACAUUCUCAUAUCCUAUGUUUUAAGUGCAUCUCCUCAGUGCUCUUUUUAUUACAAAGUUUAUUCCUACACCUAUAACACUAAAUUCCCUCUCCUCUUUUCUCCAAUUUUGAACAUGCCUUCAAGAAUCUCGGAUGUCUUCAGAGCACACCCUGUCCACCUCCAUCAAAAGCAAUACCUAGACUUCAAUUCCGUAAAAGAACUCCCCGAAUCUUAUGCAUGGGCAAAAUUCAACAACGAUUACCCUUCAUCGGUAGCCUCCAGCAAGGAGGAGUCCGUGCCCGUGAUAGAUCUCCAUCAUCCUAAUGCACUCACAGUCAUGGGUCAUGCAUGCAGGACUUGGGGAGUGUUCCAAGUCAUAAACCAUGGAGUUCCUGAAGAUAUUCUUCAUCAAUCUCUCAGGGAGGGAAAGAACCUCUUCUCCCUCCCGAUGCAACAAAAGCUCAAGGCUGCUCGCUCUCCUGGUGGAAUCUCGGGCUAUGGAGUCGCUCGGAUCGCUCCCUUCUUCGAAAAACUGAUGUGGUCCGAGGGCUUCACCAUUGUUGGCUCCCCGCUUGAACAUGCCCAACAACUUUGGCCACAUGACUACACUGGAUUCUGUGAUGUUAUCCGAGAGUACAAGAAAGAGAUGAAGAAACUAGCUGGGAGGCUAAUGUGGCUUGUGCUGGGAUCAUUGGGCAUAUCAAAGGAAGACCUUAAAUGGGCUGGGCCGAGGGGAGACUUCUCGGGUGCCGCCGCAGCAUUGCAGCUCAACUCCUACCCGGCGUGCCCUGACCCUGACCGCGCCAUGGGCCUUGGGGUCCACACAGACUCGACCCUCUUGACUAUCCUUCUCCAAAACAACACGAGUGGCUUGCAAGUUCUAAAGGAGGGCAGUGGUUGGAUCAAUGUCCCUCCAAUCCCAGGUGCGCUAGUGAUCAAUUUAGGCGACAUGCUCCAAAUCCUAUCCAACGGCCUUUACCAAAGUGUCCCCCAUCGGGCGGUCGUCAACCGGACCCAACAACGGUUGUCGAUUGCGUACCUUUACGGGCCUCCUGACAGCGUCCUCAUCUCGCCCAUACCCAAGCUUGUUGGCCCUGCCUGCCCACCAAUUUAUCGGUCGGUUACAUGGACCGAGUAUCUUCAGAGAAAGGCGAAGUAUUUUAACAGGGGGUUGUCUUCGGUUAGGAUUCACGCAACCAAAAACGGGUUACAAGAUGUAAAUGACAAGAUAGUUUAAGUAGGCUAAGCAAGAGUGGAAUGUGGCCCUUUUGUAAUUAAUGUGAUUCUUCUUAGAAUAAGGACUCAACUCAUAUGUUUGGAGGACUGAACACAGUUUGACUUUUAAGCCAACUCAAUUAGAGACCAUAUUUAAUCAAGUCAAUCAUAUUUUGGAAAGGAUCUAUAUGGGCCAUAAUUAAGUCAAUUAAAGCUUAAA